AACAGCAAAAAUAAUGUGCCAAGAAUUCAGAAGAAACCAAAAUGGUUCAGUCUCUUAGAGUGUUUUCUGCUUUUACUGUGGUCCUGCUGACAGAUGUUUUGGUAGUAGAAGUCCAUGCAAAUGGAUCAAAGAGCCCUGACGAACCAGAGAUCAAGUAUGCGGUCAUUGGAGCUGGAAUAGGUGCAUUUUUAGCUUUGUGCUUCGUUGUAAUAAAACUGUACAUGAUUAAGAAACACAUGCUGGAUAAUGAUCUCUCAGAUUACGAUUCUGGGAAAAGACCAUCAUUAAGAAAUGAAUGAACUGAAGGCGCAACUCAAGAGGCCAGAACAUUUAUCUGCAGGAAUGACAUCAGCGCAGAGAAAGGGCUUUUGUAAAAAAGAAAAUCUUUUUUAUAUUUUGUUUACCUUUGUUUAUCUGUUUUUGUGUUAUUUUGCUAGGUAAUACUUUAGAUUUUAACAGAAAAACACAACUAGACAGUUUAUUUUUAAGAGAAGGAGAAUGACAGUUUGCAUUGACUUGUAGUUUUAAUAUAUUUUUUCAACUGAACAGUGUUAAUUAAUUUAGAAAAAUAAACUGUAAAAAGGUCAGGAUUGACCUAGUAGCAGACAGGAAAGUUAUGCAGUGUUUGUGAACCUUUUACAGAUUUGCAAUAGCAAAGUAAUGGCACUGCAGUCUUUCACUGCAGAUGUGUCCUGCACUAUAUCCCCUUCUCAUUGUACUGUAUAUGUGUCAGUAGUGGGAUAUUCGAUGUAACUCAAUAAACAAAAUCCAAAUACUUGCUUCUGUACUGAGUUGAGAACACUAUUGCACAAUGAUAAAACCCUUGUUUAGAUAAUAAAAUGCCAUUUCAUGGAA